UUGGAACACGAAUAUAGACUUUUGUAAGUUUUAAUAUCUUCUAAAAGUUUUUUCUUUCCUAAAAAUAUAUCUAGAAAAUGUAGCUAUAAUUUGAUUUAUUACAUAAAUCAAAAACCUUUUUUUCUCAAGAAGUCCUGAAAACUUUGAAAAAGUUCCAUAUUUCAGAAUUCAAAAAUUAUAUACGUAUUUUUUUUCUAACUUAUUUUUUUUAUUUAAUAAAUUGAUUAAAAAAAACAAAAAGUUUGCUGAAUUGUUCCAAUAAAUGUAGCUAUAACUUGAUAAAUAUUGUGUGAAUAAUAUACUUCAACACCAGAAUCUUUAUUUUGUUGCCACGCAACCGCUACAAAUUCUCACAUUUUUUUCAGAAAAAAAAACGAGACAAAAUGAAUUCUAUUGUUGUUGUUUUUUUGCUCUUUUUUUUGUUUGAAGACAAAAAAUUAACUGAAUUUUCCAAAAAAAAAACUAUGUUUGCAGGUUCAAUUACUCCAUGAAUAUGUCAACACGAACAGUUCGCAAUUUCUUCGGAAAAUGGAAAUAUCUUAUGCUUGCUUGUUGUGUUACUUAUCUUUUUGUUAUUUAUAUACCAAUUUCGAAGGAGGUAAGUAAUGUACAUGCUUUCGAAAAUUCUAACAUUUAAUUUUUAGAACAACUCUGAGAAAAUGGAAGAAGUUAGAUUUCAACCAAAAGAUACUGUAGAACAUAUUCCUUCACAUUUGAUAUCAAACAAUCAAAAACAAAAACAAAAGAAAACUUUCAAUUUUAAUCCAAAAAAGGGAAAUCCGUUUGAAGUUGAAGAAGUUCUUACUUAUAAUUCUAUAAAACUUGCUGAAAGAAUGAAAGCAAAUGUAAAAUCUGGUGAAAAAAGAGUAAUAUUAUCAUAUGGAACUGGAUUAUCAGCUGCAAAUCUUGGUGGAUGUCCAGAAUGGAAUUGUGAAUUUAUUCAAGAUCGUAGUCGAAUUGGAGAAGCUGAUGCGGUUAGUUUAAGGAAAAUAUCGAAAAAAAUCAGUUUCCUUGAAUCCGAUACAAACACCACAUUAAUCUCGAUUUCAUUUCUUUCCAGAUUCUUGUCAGUCAUUAUGAACCAAAUAUAAAAGCCAAGUCUAAUCAAUAUGUAAUUUAUGUGAGCCAAGAAUCACCAGCCAAUUCAGGAAUCAAUGUUCCACAUAAAUCAUUCAUCAAUAUGACUUUUGGUUUUCGACACGAUACACCAGCUGGAUCACCUUAUGGAUAUACAGUGAAACUUGGACCAAAUUCCAGAAAAACUGGAGAAGUACGAUACCAUUCUUUAUUGGAAAACUCAUAAAUCAAAUAUUUUCAGAUUGUUGAUAAAUCAUUAAUUGCGAAGAAAACAAAAGGAGCUGCUUGGUAUGUCAGUCAUUGUAGCACAAAUAGUCGAAGAGAGGUUUUUGUGGAUCGAUUGAAUGUGAGAUCAUUGAGAAUUUGAGAAAAGUAAAAAAAAAUUAGUUUACAGAAAUAUUUCGAGGUUGAUAAAUAUGGUUCAUGCAGUGACUUGAAGUGUCCGAGAAAAGGAAAUUGUGAAAAUAUGUUGGAUAAUGAGUAAGUUUGCAAAUAAAACGAUGGGAACUAUUAGAAAUACUCUGUUUUCAAUUUUCUGAGUUUUGAUUGAGAUUUUUUACUUUGAUGAAUUCAACAUGGCCCAAUUCACAAGAACCCUUUUUCUGAAUCUUCAAAAACCUGCGCUGACGAUUUCCUGAGAUUACAGUAAGAAAAUGUGCUUGGAAAUUGGAAAUUCUCCAAGAAUGAAGUAAUUUUCUCAAUGAAAACUCAUCACAUUUGAAAAUUGAAAAUUAAACAAUUUCAUUAGAAUUCAUUUUUGGCGUGAACCUUCCCCACUCUUUUUUCAUUUUUCAAACAUUUUCAGCUACUUCUUCUACGUGGCAUUCGAAAAUUCAAUUUGCAAAGAUUACGUAACUGAAAAAUUAUGGAAUCAAGGUUUUCAAAAAACAAUAGUACCUUUGGUUAUGAAAAGAUCAUUGGUUGAACCAUUUGUUCCGCCAAAUUCUUUUAUUGCAAUCGAUGAUUUCAAAAGUGUGAAAGAAAUGGGAGAAUAUUUGCAUUAUUUGAUGAAAAAUCAAACUGCUUAUCUGUAAGUUGAACAUUUCUUGAAUUAAAUCAAAUUAUUUAUUCAGUGAAUAUUUCGAAUGGAAACGCGAUUAUCAAGUGGUAUUUCUAGACGGUCAAAAUCACGAUGUUUUGGAGAAACCAUGGGGAGUCUGUCAAAUUUGUCGAAUUCUUUGGGAACAGCCGAAAAAAGAAUAUAUAAUCGAAGAUUGGGAUAAAUAUUGGAGACAGUCUUGCGAAGCCGAUGGAGAUCUUAUUAAUUCAAUUCCAGAUGUUUUAUAG